CUUCCGGUUUCCUCCGCUAGCGGUCCGGCUAUGCCGUCCGCGCUGCUGCGCCUGGCUGCGUUGCUCGCCCUGCUGCCCGCGGCCUAGUUGAAUGAGAAGUACCUUCAUAACAUUAUUACCAACUGGAGACUCAUAAAGAAAAGGAAAGAGCUGGGACAUCAGUGAAUAGAGAUGAUCUCCUUCAAGCAAUUGCCUCUUGAAGCAAAGGCUGCAGUAGCUGCUGGAGUUGUCGUCUUCUCCAUGAUGAUAUCACGGACCUACCUGGCGGAGCGACUUGAACUCAGGACAUGGAGGUGGCUGCUCAGGUUACAGAUGACGCUGUUUGCUAAUGUGCUUAUGAUGAUAGGGUCUCUCCACAUCUGGAGAAGCACAGUGGCCAUAUUCUAUCAGUCUUCAGCUGCCAACUCCUUUUGUUUCAGGCCAUGGAAAAUCAUUGUGCUAACUUUUCUAGUAUUGGCACACUCAAGCUUUUUUACAUUGCUGUUUCUAGUGGCAGAAGAGCCCUACAUCUUUUCAUUAGCUGCUUACACAUGUCUAGGAGCCUAUAUCAUCCUUAUUUUCUUCCUCUUCACUCUAGGUUCUGUAGAGCAAGCUUAUAAAUUCUUGGCUGGGAGCGGUGUGAAGACAAUCAGUGUCAGUAAGAGCAGUAAGUUGGCAAUGAAGCCAGUUUUGGCUGUUAUGGCAACUGUUGCCCUGACCACUGUUGGGUUGUUGAAUGCUGCCCAACCUCCUGCAAUAAACUUGGUGGAAAUUCCAGUUCACAAACUUCCAUCAUCAAUGGACAGCUUGAAGGUGGUAUUAUUAUCAGAUAUCCAUCUGGGACCUACCGUAGGGAAGACUAAACUUGCAAUGAUUGUAAAGAUGGUCAAAGCUUUAAAACCAGAUAUCACUGUGAUUGUGGGUGAUCUAACAGAUUCUGAAGUGACAGCCAUCCGACCUGCUGUUGAACCUCUUGGCGAGCUGAGUUCACCAUUGGGAACUUACUUCGUCACGGGCAAUCAUGAGUAUUAUACUUCUGAUGUAAGCAACUGGUUUGAAUUGCUGAAGUCAUUUAAUAUUCGUCCACUCCACAAUGAGAAUGUGAAGAUCAGGUCACCAAGGAAAAGUGAUGAUUGGUUCUGUCUGGCGGGGGUUGAUGAUAUUGAGGCUGAUGUAUUGCACUAUUCUGGGCACGGAAUGGAUUUAAAGAAAGCCCUAAGUGACUGUAGUGCUGAUCGUGCAAUAGUACUUCUGGCUCAUCAGCCAAUUGCUGCAAAAUGGGCUCUCCAAGAUCGGCCAGACAUAAACUUGGUGCUUUCUGGACAUACUCAUGGUGGUCAGAUAUUUCCUCUGAAUGCUGGGGCAUAUUUGAUGAAUCCCUUCUUUGUUGGCUUGUACAAAGUUGGGCAAAGCACCUUUGUAUACGUCAGCCCGGGGACUAUGUAUUUUGGAGUGCCAAUGAGGCUGGGCAGCAGAGCUGAAAUAACAGAGAUCAUCCUGCGUUCUUCCUGAACAGCCCAUCAAUUUCAAGAUUUUGUAAUUUUUAUCACCAAUGCAAUUAGUUGUCCUAGUGGUCUGUGACCUGUGUCCAUGCUCAGCAUGUGCCCAGGAAAUUAGUGGAGUGUAAAGUGUAGGUAUGGGUGGACUUGGUAUCAUCAGACUUAUGGGAAUAAGCUGGGAGAAUGCACUGCUACUUCUGUUACAGAUUAGGCCUAUCACAUAUCACAGAUGUGUGGAAGUUCUAAAUAAGUCAAUUACAGCUCCUCUUUCUGUUGGGAUGCAACAUUUAAAAUAUAAAUCUAAACACUGAUGUCAUGGUGAUAACUGUUUCGUUGUGCAUGCUUAAUAUAUGUAACUUAUUCGAACUCAUGUUCCGUUAUUUUCUCAUUUGCUGGUAUCUGACAGUGUCAUCUAGGUCAUGAUGAAGUAUAGUUCUGUCAUCUGGGAAAUGUGAUAACGUUGUGCAUGCAGAUUUUGCAGUGUUCUACAAAGUCUCCAUUCAGGUGUAGAGAAUCCUGCAAAAUGCCAGUAAUGGGUGUGUGGGUCGUCAACUGCUCUUACAGAAGUGAAAAUAAUGUCUGUUCAAAUUCUUUUGCUGUAUAUUUUGGGGUCCCAAAUCUUUCCUGGGGUUUCUCAUACCACUGUAAUGCUAAACCAAGUAGAUGCCCAUGUGUUCACUCCUGAAAUCUAUGAUGAUGGGAUUAGAUUGUAAUAGGGAAAGGUGGUAUAGCUGCCUUUUUAACUUUGCCAGAAUUUAACUAGACUUCCAGUAGAUACCUGAUAAUGACUUACGAAAAUGACACCAUUAACUUAAACAUCCUUUUUCUGUUUGAGCAUUUAAUAACUUAUUGGUAAGUAAUGCCUGAAAUCUGGAAGUGAACAAGAAUAGGGAAAAAUCAUGUUUGUUUGUUCAGGUUUUUGUUUCUUUUUUCUGGUUGAGUAGGCUUUCCCUUGGCAAUGGGGAAGGAGACAACUUAAAAGUAAGGCAAAUGUGACUCAGAGUUAACAUCAAUAAUUGAAACUUUAGAUGCACCUUAAUGUUAUCUAGAUUUCAAAUUGAUAGGGUCUCUAAAGCAUAGCUAGACUAAAUACUAGUCAGCUUUCCUUUGGGGAGGUUAGUUUUGUAUUUUCCUGAUAACCUGACCUUCAGCUCUUAUUUUGUUAUAUAGGGAAAUCCUUCCACCCAUCUCUACCCCCACUUAAAUGGGUGUUAUCUAGCACCUGAUUGUGUAUUUGAAUUUGCUGUAUUUUUAGCACUAUGUAAUAUUGAUAGCAUCAGUGAUUUGCUUGCGUCUUAAUUUUAGUUUUAAAAAUUAGUCCAUUGUUUUUGCUUCCCCAGCAUACUGCUGUUGAUGUAUGAGGUUCACAAAAUGAAUUGGAACUGAUUUGUGUGUAUUGUCCAAGUUGACUGAAGUGCACUUGUAAACUUAUACAGUUCGCAUAGCUUUGCUUUCAGUGGGGAAAAGGUGAAAAAGUCUAACCACAUCCUUUCAGCUCUUCCUCUGGCACAAGAUUUGCAAAUGAAAUCCAGCUCUUUCUCUGUGUUCUUGUCCAUCAGAACCAAAGUUCCUUCUCUUAGCUGGUGGACUGGCUAUGGGCAAACUGGUGUCUUGGACAAGGAGCCUUUCAGGAAGGUGGGCAACGUUUCAGGAAUUCCAAACCAGCUGCCUGGGAGUCACCUGUCUCAAGCCACUGAUUCCCCUACUUACUUUGCCACUGAGUGCUGCUGAUUUUUUUUCCCCACAGCCGAUGGCAAUGGGUGACAGUGAAUUUGAUGGUGAGGGUAAGCGGAAGCUGUAGUAGUGAGGAGAGAGAGCAGCCCUCACCACAGGGAGGGCUGAGGCAGCAGCAGGUGGCUUGGGUGCUGCAGAAGGGAUCAAUGGCACAUGGCAGAGGAAGGCACAGUUCAGGGAAGAGCAGAUGCCCUUGCCUGUCUUGAUUUUUUUUUUUUUUUUUCCCCCCCCCCCCUCUCUGCCCACCCUGAAGUGCUGCUGUAGCUCAAAUCUGUCUUGUAGGCCAUUGGUUGCUGACCCCUGUCUUAGACCAACACAGGGACCCAAAAGUCUUAGGUUUUGGUGUUCUGUUCGUACUUCCUCUGAUUUGCUGGUCAAAUCAUAUAACUUUUUUGUACCUCUGUCUAGCUGAUUUGGCCAAUUUUGCUGUGGGAUCUGAGUGUCACAAUAAGUCUGCUCAGGAAAGGCAGUAUUAACAAAUGAGGAAAGAGGCAUGUGAUGCUUUUGGCAGAGCAGGAAAAAUGCUGCUUUUGGCAGAGCAGAAACAACCAUCCUCUUGUCUGGACCAUGCCCAUUGCUAAUUCUGUAAGCUCCACCUUCACAGAGUGCUUUGUGUCUGUGAGCGCAUUUUACUUAAGGAAAUGCUUUGGGAUCCCUCGUUUCCCCUGCAUGACUUGCUAUGUUUUGUACACAUCUUCCUCUGACUUUUUUCCAUGACUAAA